AUGUCGCCGGCGCAAAAUCCUCCUCGUCGGCAAAGAUCGCGGAAAAUCUAUUUUUGUACUGAGACGACAAAGACAUUAGGAAUUUACAAACCAAAAAGUUGGAAAUUGGUGUUUUUAGCAACGUGCGUGAUGGCUAUGACUGCUAGUAUAGCCAGAGUAUGCAAAGGGCAUUUUUUACAUAAAAAUACCGUUUCUCUCCCAAGAUGGACAAGAGUGUUUUCGUCAGGAUCACUUCCACCGCAUCAAGUCCUUUCUAUGCCAGCCCUCUCGCCUACCAUGGCUGAGGGAACGCUUUCUAGAUGGAAAAAGGCUGUCGGGGAUGCUGUUAAGCCUGGAGAUUCGCUAGCAGAAAUUGAAACAGACAAGGCAACCAUGGAUUGGGAAUGCCAAGAACAGGGCUACAUUGCCAAGAUCAUUUAUCCCGAUGGUGGGAAGGACAUUCCAAUUGGGAAGCCAUUAUUGGUGAUUGUCGAAAAUAAAGAUGACAUCGCGUCUAUUCCUGAUAGCAUCUUCCAGGAAUCGCCCAAGCAGGAUCCCAGCAACUCUGUUUCAAAGACCUCCGCUCCCGUUCUGGAGGAAGCACAGCCAAAUUUUGAGCCAUCCAAGCCAACCAAAGUGUUGGAUGAGCGUCCACAAAUGCAAAAACCCGAUUUUUCUUCUUCUUCUUCUUCUAGACUUAAAAUCAGCCCACUCGCAAGAAAGCUUGCUGCAGAAAACAAACUCGACUUAUCUUCCUUGCAUAUCAAUGGCUCUGGUCCAGGCGGAAGAAUAGUUGAAAAUGAUAUUACAUCGAUUGUUGAUAAGCAAAAGCAAGUGAAACCCGCAUUCUUCGGCAAGGAAAUGGCUAAAGGUGUCACCGUUCAAAGGCCACUUUCUAACAUGCGACGCACGAUUGCGAAAAGAUUAACCGAAUCGACAACUACAAUUCCUCACUUCCAUCUAAAUUGUAAGGUUAAUGUGGACUCUUUGCUUGGCAUUCGCAAAAGAAUAAAUAGCCAUCUUGCUAUCAAACACCCUGGAACUAAAGUGUCUGUCAACGAUUUUAUCAUUAAAGCGGUGGCUGUGUCACUCAAAGAGCACCCGGGCAUUAAUGCAUCAUGGAUGGGGGACUCAAUUCAUGAAUAUUCCAAUGUUGACAUUUCGAUUGCCGUUUCAACGGGCGAAGGAUUGAUAACUCCAAUUGUAUUUAAUGCGGACAAACUUGGAUUGCUUGAGACCGCGACAGAAGUCAAGCGACUUGCAGCCAAGGCAAAGGCCCAGACACUCGCCCCAAACGAAUUUAUGGGCGGUACAUUUACCAUAUCCAAUUUGGGAAUGUUCGGAGUUACCUCAUUCACGUCAAUAAUUAAUCUGCCACAAGCAGCAAUCUUAUCUGUAGGCGCUACGGAAACCGUUUGGAGACCAAUUCAGCAAAUACUUGAACAAAGCAAUGAGGAUGCGGAGGCCGUCGAAGAAGAUAAAUUAAUCCCCUGCUCAGAGAUGACUCUAACCCUGGGCUGUGACCAUAGGGUCGUUGAUGGCGCUUUGGGCACCCAAUUCUUAAAGACGCUAAAGUCGCUUUUGGAAGACCCGGCCCAAAUGCUGCUUUGA